UACAUAUGUCCAUAUGUACAUGCAUACAUACAUACAUAAAUAGACAUACUAUUGUAAAAAAUACUUUUUUAGCUAUUUACUUGACAGUAAACCAGGACUUAAGAUACCUGAUUACAUUUUCAAGGAGUGCAGUAACUUGUUAGGACUCUGGGCGUCGCUGUUCACUAACCUGGGGGAUACUGCACUGCACCACACGCCCAAUUUAAAAAGAAAAAGGGAAAACGCGUGACUUAGACUCUCUCCUUCAUUUCAAACUGAAAAUGUCUGCCUGAGACUGCCCAGCGUAUUUCUGGACAACUCUCUGCUAUAAUUAUCUAAAAUAAGGUAAAGAAGACCCUUGGAAAAGCGGAGAAACAAUAUCCUUGGUAAGAGAUUGAGGGGAAAAAAAAAAAAAAAAAAAACCCAGGAAGCCAGAGAGCAAUGGCGAUUUCAGAGAAGCAAACCGGCUGGAGCCUGCUGAUGCUACUGUGCCUUUCUCUGGAGCUACUGUUGGAAGCUGGGGCUGGAAACAUCCGAUACUCUGUGCCAGAAGAAACCGACAAAGGCUCCUUCGUGGGCAACAUCGCUAAGAACCUGGGACUGGAAACCCAGGAGCUGGUGAAGCGCGGGGUCCGCAUUGUUUCCAGAGGUAGGUCGCAGCUUUUCUCCCUGAACCCGCGAAGCGGCAGCUUGGUCACCGCAGGCAGGAUAGACCGGGAAGAGCUGUGCCCUCAGGGCGUGCCCUGUCUUGUCAGCUUUAACAUCCUUAUGGAGGAUGAAAUGAAGCUUCUUCCUAUCGAAGUAGAGAUAAUUGAUAUUAAUGAUAACACUCCCCAAUUCCAGUUAGAAGAGCUAGAAUUAAAAAUGAGUGAAAUAACUACUCCAGGUACCAGGAUCCCUCUGCCUCUCGGGCAAGACCUUGAUGUGGGCAUAAACUCACUUCAGAGCUACCAGCUAAGCGCCAACCCUCACUUCGCCCUGGAUGUGCAACAGGGACCUGAAGGACCACAACAGCCAGAGAUGGUACUGCAGAGACCUCUAGACAGAGAAAAAGAUGCUGUCCACUACCUUAUCCUCACUGCCUCGGAUGGCGGCAACCCAAUACAUUCAGGAACUCUGCAAAUUCAUGUUCAGGUAAUAGAUGUGAACGACAACCCACCAGCAUUUACUCAGGCAGAGUAUCACGUGAGAGUCCCUGAGAACGUCCCAUUAGGCACUCGGCUACUCAAGGUGAAUGCUACUGACCCGGAUGAGGGAGCUAAUGGCAGAGUAACCUACUCCUUUUACAAGGUAGACCACAGUGUGGUCCGGAAAUUUGAGUUGGAUUCUUACACAGGAGAACUAUCAAAUAAGGAACCACUAGAUUUUGAAGAAUACAAAGUUUAUCCAAUGGAAAUUCAAGCUCAGGAUGGUGCUGGACUCAUGGCCAGAGCUAAGGUGCUGGUCACUGUUUUGGAUGUUAAUGAUAAUGCCCCGGAAGUUGGAAUCAUGUCUGUCACUGCCACAGUACCAGAAAACUUUCCUCCUGGGACUAUAAUUGCUCUUAUCAGUGUGCAUGAUCAAGAUGCUGAUAACAAUGGUCACACCACUUGUUCCAUUCCUGGCAACCUACCCUUUAAGCUGGAAAAGUUAGUCGACAAUUAUUACCGCUUAGUAACAGAAAGAACACUGGACAGAGAACAUAGCUCUAGAUACAACAUCACAAUAACAGCAACAGACCAGGGAACUCCGCCCCUAUCCACCCAAGCUCACAUCUCACUGCUAGUGACAGAUAUCAAUGACAACCCUCCAGUUUUCGAACAGGACUCCUAUUCUGUCUACAUUCCUGAAAACAACCCCAGAGGAGCUUCCAUCUUCUCAGUAAAGGCCCAGGAUGCUGACCACAAUGAGAAUGCACUAGUGACUUACGCCCUGGUGGAAGACACUAUUCAGGGAGCACCUUUGUCUUCUUACUUCUCCAUCAACUCUGACACUGGAGUUGUCUAUGCAUUGCAAUCCUUUGACUAUGAGCAGUUUCGAGAUUUGCAGCUAAGAGUGAUAGCCCGUGAUAGUGGGAACCCACAACUCAGCAGCAAUGUAUCUCUGAGUCUGUUCAUGAUAGAUCAGAAUGACAAUGCCCCAGAGAUCCUGUACCCUGUCCUCCCUACUGAUGGCUCCACUGGUGUGGAGCUAGCACCUCGAUCUGCUGAGCCCGGUUACCUAGUGACCAAAGUGGUAGCAGUGGACAAAGACUCGGGACAGAACGCCUGGCUGUCCUACCAUCUGCUCAAGGCCAGUGAGCCAGGGCUCUUCUCGGUGGGACUACACACAGGCGAGGUGCGCACGGCUCGGGCCCUGCUGGACAGAGAUGCUCUCAAGCAGAGCCUGGUGGUUUCUGUGCAGGACCACGGCCAGCCUCCUCUGUCCACCACAGUCACAUUUACCAUAGCAGUGGCUGACAGCAUCCCUGACGUCCUGGCUGACCUGGGCAGCAUCGGGACCCCUGCUGAUCCCCAGGAUUCAGAUCUCACACUCUACCUGGUGGUGGCAGUGGCUGUGGUCUCCUGCAUCUUCCUAGCCUUUGUAAUAGUGCUCUUGGUACUCAAGCUGAGACAUUGGUACUCCUCACGCUUGCUCCAGACUGCAGCAACUGGAGUGACUGGCCUGCCUGCCUCCAACUUUGUAGGUGUUGAUGGGGUACAUGCAUUUCUACAGACCUAUUCCCAUGAGAUCUUACUCACUGCCGACUCUCGAAAGAGCCACCUGAUCUUCCCACAACCUAACUACGCAGACACACUCAUCAGCCAGGAGAGCUGUGAGAAAAAGGAGUUUCUGUCAGCACCCCAGUCUCUGCUUGAAGAUAAAGAGGAAAUAUUUUCUCAGGUAAAUUUGUAAUGACCUUAUAAGGUAUAUCAAUGAAAAUAAUUCAUGGCUGUACAUACUUGCUGUUUUCUAUAAAUAGUAUAUUCCAUUAUAUCCCAGUAGUGGUUGGGGAUGCGUAUUAUUGUUUCAUGCCACUGGAGAUUAAACCUAAGGGCUUAUUGUGCAUGCUAGGUGACAUCUACCAUUUUCAGAUAAGGUCUUGAUAAGAUGCCUGGGCUGGCCUUGAACUCACUUUGUAUCCCAGCAGGGUUUUAAAGUUAUAAUCCUCAUGCCUCAGACUACUGGAGGGCUGGGAUUUCAGGCAUGUAGGCACAACACAGGUAGCCUAGCCUUUUAAAUUCCUAUUAACAUUCUGGGACUGGAGAACAUGCCCAAAAUCCCAGCCUCAAAAAAAGGGUGGAGAGUGGGAACUCCUGCUUUGGCAAGGAGCCUUUAGUCAUGCUGUGGGUGGUGAGGAUGAGGAGUGUAUGUGAAGGCCUGUCUCCCAGGGGAAAGAGAACUCCAUUAGAAACAAAUUUGUCUCCUACUUCUCACCAUGUCUUGCUAAAUCAUUCCACUGUUCUGAGUUGACUAUCCACUUAUUCAGAAGGGAUAGUGAUGAA